AUGAAGCGGCAGAGGUUCUCCGAACUCGACGCGCGAGACACCAAUUCAGCCAGACUCCGCGCGCGCAAUGACCAGAAACACUUUAGGAAGCGUCUAUUGUCUCGUUUUCCUGCCGGUCAAUCGAGCAGAUUGCAGAUCGCGAGAGAUGAGUCUGAAGUACUCGACACGAAAAUCAAACCCCGCAAGCCGGCUGUCGUAGUCGACGUUCAAACCGUCGACGUCAACAAGAACGUCGUGGUUGACGCUGACGGCAAUACCAUCUCUGUUGAUCUGCCCACCGUACCGGCUGUACCUCAAUUCCCGACCGACUUCGUCGUUCCUUCGGUACCCCAGUAUCCUACAGUUGCCGUACCUUCAAUGCCUCAAGUUCCACCCUACCCUUUCAAUACUUUCGUCAACACUGCGGCCUCUCCAACGGCUGGUACCAGCGAAAAUAAUACGCAGUCAAACGAUGUGACUGGUGCCGCAUACAGUUCAAAGCUCUCUAUGUCUUCGAGCACUACAGUGGUGACACCUACAUCUCCAUCGCAGACAUCUAGCUACAUCAGCUCUGUUUCGGAGACGCCAUCAUUGAACAGCUCAACCACAGGAAGUUACCACUCGUCCACCAUCACCACAACGUCAUCCAGCGCAUUGUUCACCUCUGCCUCCUCCAGCUACUAUGAUACCACCAUCGCUCCCAGUCUUGUUGGCGCUCCUGGUGGCUCCGUGACCUCAGCACCAGACACAGGUGGCAGUACGGACAAUACCGAGACUGCUAGCACUCCUGUACUUGUGGGUGGCGUUGUUGGAGGAAUAGCUGGUUUUGUUCUGCUUCUCGCAGCACUUUUGAUAGCUCUUCGUUACAUCAAGCAGAAACGCCGUGGAGGUGCAGUCCAGCUACACGAAGGCGACGGUGGGGACACCGGUCCACUCACUGCCAUGUCUCAAAGACAAAGCUUCAUGCCACCUGCCGCUGCCGCGUUCUUCAACAGAUUCUCCGGAGCAUCGAAGGAGACGGAUGUCAGCACUGAACGUAGCUUCCAGCGUGUCUCAGGUCGUAAGCUUCCUUCUGCAUUCAGCCCUGGUAUGUCUAUGGAACAGGCUCGCGAUCUUCAGAGCUUGUCGCAAGGUUCCUACUAUCGUGACAGUCAAGGCUUCUACAGCGGAUCCCCUGACACUGGACCGGGUGCGGCCGUCAUUGGCUUAUCCCCAGAGAAAGACAAAGAGAUGAUGAUGCCGGGUCCGGCUCGAACGCCCGUCGUCCACGAGCCUCGGCACCCUCCUUAUGGAUUUGCUCCAGUCGGAGGAGCUGGCGCUCAUACCAGUGGCACAUCUACGCUCAGCCCGCCGUUGUCGCCGCACCCGUUCCCACGUGCAGGUACGCUUGGUCGCAGCCACCCAUCACUCGACGGCUCGCGCGGCUCUAAAUUUACCGAAGAUGUAUAA